AUGUCGCUCAUCGACACGAACCACUGGUCCCCCAAGGGCAUCAACGGCUACUCAUCCACCCGCAACAAUACUCUCAACCCCUCUACACAGCCCUUCAUGCCCAAUGGCACAGAGAUGCAGCGGUACCAGCCCGCCAUGCAAAACAACAACCUGGCGCCACCCGCGGAUGCGCUACAGCUCCGUAACAUCAUGCUGGACCACCAUUUCUCCCACACCCGCGACAUUACGGGGCUUGAGAGAAGGACGAGGCAAAACACGGACCAGAUCCAAUCCUUCGCGAAGUCCGCCCAUCAAGACAUGCGUGCCGUUCAAGCUCAGAUUGAGGAGCUCAAGCAGCAAAUGGCAAUGCAGACACAGCAUAGCACCAGCAUGAUCACUCACCACUCUCUGGCCGAUCAAGACGUUACGCCACCGGCAGAGCUCCUGCGCAACUUCAGCAAGGAGAGGAUCGCGGAGGCUUAUCUUGAAGAGGCUGAGGACUAUGAGGCGGCGGCUGCCAAGUUGAGAGAGCAAGCCGAGACCCUCUGCAGUGGCAGAGUUGCUGCAAAGAAUAUACUCAAGCUGCCCAGCACAGCUCAAGAGGAUGAGAGGGCAUCGCAGGCGAAGGAGGAAUUCGUAUGCUGCGGAAUUGCGUACGACUCGGGCGAGCAAUUGCUUAAGCACGCAAAGGCCGCACACAGCUCUGAUGGUGAGCUACAUUCCCCUGCAGUGGAUAUCCAGCACCCGAACCCAAAACAGGCAGAUAGGGUGAAAGUGCAGGCGAUCCUCCGCACACCGGCUCCCAGCGAGCCAUUCGAGAAGGAGGUCAAAGAGGAGUUUGCCAACUCCGAGUGGAAGCCCCUUGCGAUUCGCCAAAUGCCGAGCACGAAAGCAGUAAUCAAGCCAAACACCGAGUCCUUUACGUUCGACUUCCUGCAAAACAAUCUCGGCGGCAGCGAGUGGUCACCCGGGUUCUACUUCAUCCGCAAGAACUCGAUCCUCCCAAGCCAGUCCUACUGGAUUCUCGAAGGGGACUUUGAGCCGUUUCUUCCAUCUAUCCCUGGCCAGCAUGGAGCGAAACUCACUGCUUUGUUCAACUCGACCAUUCCCAAGCCAGGCGAAGGACCAGACGAGGAGAACUUCGAGGACGUUCCGAUCUUCAUCCGAUCCAAGGGCGACGAUAACGGAGAGUACACCUACUACGGUCAUUAUAGUCAACGUCGGUUCAGCGACAAGCUGGACUACGACCGCGUGAUGGAGAGUAUUCCAAAGGAGAUCCUCAAGCACCAUGCCAAAGAGCUUGCAGCGAUGGGUCGGCCACAAUGGGUCACCGAAGAAUUGCGGAACCACUUCUGGCCCAGGCCCGAGUACACCGGCCCAAUUCCAACGGACAGUCAAGUUGCCACUCCAAAAACAGAAGCCACGGCGAACACCGACGCAGAUGGCGGCAUGCCCGAGAGGCACGUCUUGACAGAACUCACGGCCUACGCUGAAAUGCUAAAGAAGUGGAACCGAGAGAGCACUAUGCGCGUUUCUCAUCUCAGCGAGGAGAACAUCAUGCAGGCUUUUGGAAAGGCGGAUGCGGCAGAGGAGCCAGGGUUGAGGCUGUGGCUGGAGUAUCUCCAGUUCGAAACGUACGACCACAAGUUCUGCGAGUUCUUGGUUGAGUUGAAGCGGAACCCGUCGUUGCAGGUUGACGCGCUGGGGCUUUCGAUGAAGAAGGGGCCUCGAUUCGGAGGAGGCAAGAUGGUGAAGCCCACGAACGGUAUUGAAACCGUACACCCAGGAUCCUCUUCGACGGUGAAAGCACCUACAGCCUACUCCACGCCCUUCGAAGAUUGGAAGAAGGGUGCAACGGAAGUGAAAACUCUGGACCAGCCGCCCAAGUCUACCAGAUCACGGAAGGGGACAAACGCGACUCGAGAGCAAGCCAAGAAGAAAACAGCACCUUCGCCUGUACCUGCCCCUUCUACAGGCUGGGUCGCCUCGUCAAGCGUGCCAGAAACAGUGCCAGCGGCGAAUGGUCUUUCAGGUGCUGCUUCGAUGCCGCAGGGUGAGAUUGAAAUGGCGAAACAGCUGCAGGAGGAGUACAAGCAGCGGAUGAAGGGGCAGGGGGCUGGUGGGAGACGCGGUGGGGGAGAGGGCAAGAAAGUGCCUCCGCACUUGCGAGGGAGGCGAGGAGAUGUGCAGUAG